AUCUCUAUCACAGAGACAGGUUUCGCUCGGUACCAAUAUUUAUCAGGCAUUUCCGCGCUUUGUGCUAAUAUCUUCAGAACGAGCUGUUGCACCCCGGGAGCCAUUCCCGUGGUCGUUAACUGAAUGAAUUUACUACAUUUUCGUUUACAAAACUCUUCCGUUUUCUGCACUUUUUUAGUCAACUUACUUUCAUGUCCCGAGGUUUGUGCCGCAGUGUGGGGAACUAGCUACCAGAGGCGGGUGGUGCUGUGGUCUGUUUCGCUCCCUGACAGAAUACAGCACCGGAAGUUGUAACUGCUCACUGGACCAAUCGGUGUUCAAAUUACUUGGACGCCCUGCCGAAACAAUACGGGCAGCAGAGAAGAUCGCUGUAAAUACAGUACGGCAUAAUUCGAUUAUUCAAAGAUACAUUUUAUACUGUAAAUAUAUAUUUUAAAUCAUUUAGUUGAUUCCAGAAUGAGGGCCGUCGGGACAGAUAUUUUAAAUCUCUCUCAAACGAUGUGAUUUCACUGUAACGAUUGCGAAUCCGUGUUAGCGGCGGUUAGCAAGGUGUCAGACGCUAGCUGAGGUUGCUAACAUAUGUGGGUACCCGGCAGAUAAUAGCAACCAAAACCUUGCUUGAAGAUCUAACGAAAGACCCGGUCAGCUGUUGGACAUUUGUGUUGGUCAGUCAGACUACCUCCCGAAAAAGUCCGAUGUGUUUGUAUCAGUUCGCAACCUUGUAUGGUUGAAAUUCAAGCUAGCAAGAAAGCAUUAAGUUAGCUUAGUGGCUGCGUAACGUCAACAUCCACCAAACUGGACAAAACUUUGGAUUUAGUUGGGUAUAAAUCGGGCUCGGCGGGUUCGCUGACCCCUCAGAAGAAAAUGAAGAAAAGGAAGGAGCUAAAUGCCUUGAUUGGACUCGGAGACAGCAAGAGAAAGAAGACCAAAAAGGGGUCUGGUCACCGGCUCCUCCGAACCGAACCACCGGACUCUGAGUCGGACUCGAGCUCCGACGACGACGAGUUCAACAACAUGAGCAGCGGAGCUAACUUUGGGAAGUAAGUGAAUACUUUUAAUGAGUGUAUAUGGAAUAUAAAAUGCAAUAUAUGUGAAAACUAAUUUAGUUAUUCGUUUGUUGACACUAAUGAAAAAGUCAGUAAAGUGUCUGAUUUCAUCAACCAGCGAAGAUCUUUAUUGAAAUGUGUUUUAAAAAAUUAUAAAAAUGAGUUCAAUUCUUGAAAAACUGACAGGCUUUUUCUGCCCUGCUUCACACUAUUAAUUAUUGAAGAAUUAAUAAUUAUUAAAUACUGGCAGAUCAAUGAAUUAGCUUUCUCAUGGGUUGAAUUAAAGCGGAGUGUUACAUUUCACGCGCUCUGGGUAGAUGACCAGGUUAUUUUCUAGGGGUGGGAGAAAAAAUCAAUUCACAUAAGUAUCGCGAUUUUUUGUUUUACAAUUUUUAAAUCGAUUUUUACGUUCAAAUUUGUGAAUAAAUAAAAAAAAAAAAAACUGGCUUACAUGUGAUGUGUAUUUUGAAGGGGAAAUAGGUGGUUUGUCCCAAAUUGCAUACUUCCAUACUUAGAUUUUUCAGAUUGAACAUUCUAAGCAUUCUAAGAUUUCUACUUCUACGCCAAUUUGUCACCACCUUUUGCUUUCGCGAUACCGUUCACGGUAAAAGACAAACAGGUUACCCAGGUUACACCACAAAUAUACUCAAAAUGAAAAACGCUGGCUGUGCUUGGUGGAAAGAACAUGUGUAAAAGGCAACUUAGAACUUAUAUCUGUACAAAGCUCCCUGGUCGACCGUCACCGACCCACUGGCACCACAGCCGUCCGCAGCCAUUCUUACUGUUGAAAUGAGUGCGGCGAGUGUCCACAGUCAGGUACUUUUGCCUACUCAAUUCUCGCAUACAAUCCAUACUUUUUUUUAUUUUACGUUGAGUAUACUCAAAAUUUUAAGUAUUUAGUACUGGAAGUAUUCAAUUUGGGACACACCAAUGGUUCCUGGAACAGUCAGUAGACAAUCAUAAUUAUUCAACUGUUUUACUGUUGUUUAAAAUGCAGACUAAAUAUCAAGAAAACUGACAAUAUCGUAGAAUCGCAAUUUAAGUCAAAUUGGCAUCCAAAAAAUCAUGGAAGAUUUCAUUUUCAUUUUAGAAACAAGCAAGCACCACAAUCACAUGCAUCACAAGUAUGAUGAUAGACUACAUAAAAGACCAUAUGUUGAGGCACCCAAAUUGGUUGGUAUUAUAAAUUCCCAUGAUACUGUGUGCAGUCCUCUAAAAAUAUCUCCCUCAUUAAUAAUGAAAGAUGCCUUGCUGUUGUAAUGUCGUACAUUAUCAUGUUUCUUUUCUUUACAGGAGAAGCUACACACAAUGCUGCAAUGUGUGCUACCCCUUGUUUCUGUUCAUCAUACUUGCUGCCUGUGUUAUGGCCUGUGCCGGGCUCAUAUGGAUGCAGAUUGCUCUGAAAGAAGAUCUAGAUGCACUGAAAGAAAAGCUACACAGUAGUAAGACCUACACACAUACACACCGUACACAGUUACUUUGUGGUAUUCAUGAAUAUCUCACUUAAAUUUAACAUUUUACAAACCUGUCCUAGUUAUUCAGUCAUCCCUUCCCUUGCCUCCAGCAUAGCUAUUAACAUAUUACAAUGUCUUUUGUAACAGUGGAAUCAAGCCAGAAGGUGUCGUCAAGUGAAAUACCAAAACUGAGCGAGGACCUGAAAAACAAGGAGAGAAAGCUUGAUGACAUAGAGACCGGGGACAAGGGGUUGAGCAAGCUCUGGUCCAACUUGACAGAAAUGAAUAAAAAGGUCAGUAGCUGUCAUCGAUCGGAGGGUUUGAUGGUAUCCUAACACUGUUACUGUCACACACUAACUAGAUCUCUUGAUAGAGAGUAGGCCUGAAUUAUGGCAAGGUAAAUAUAGAUUAUGGACUUAGUACAGGUUUGACAAUCUUUAGAUUGUUCAAACUAAGAGUGAACUGAGUUCAGAACAUUUUCACCUGCAGCAGUAAAAGUGUUAUAUAAAGGGCAGUAAACCAAGUGUACAUGAUCCUUGUUGAGUAUAGGCUGAGUAAGUGUAUUUUUUCUGUGUUGCUUCUACAGUUACUUGAGUAAACAGGUCGACACUUGAUUAUUUGAGCGUGUAAUUGGACUCUCUUUUUUAAAUUUUUUAAAGAUAGUGUUUGUUUCAUACUGCGAUGAGUUGUCAGAGCAGUUGAAACAGGAACUUCUAUAUCUCAUAUCAUCAUGAGACUCAGUCCUCGAGUAAAUAACUGUGUUUACUAGACUGCUUCCUGCUGUUGAAGUUGGGUUUAUUAAGUCAGCACUUUGGUCUUGGAUAUGUUUCAGAAGCUUUGUGUGAAUUCUCUCCUGCAGAUUAGUUUGCUGGACACUGCUGUGAACCAUUUAAAGGCCAACUUGAAAUCCGCUGCUGAUUUAAUAAGCCUCCCCAAUACGGUGGAAGAGCUCCAAAAGGUAAGCCCAAAGAAAAAAAAGGAAGAAACAGAAAAAUUUGGUUUAAAUCUACAAAAAGAAAAAAAAAUUGAAUGAUUUUGAUUUUUUAUUCUUUUCCAGAGUGUUGCUACAAUCGGCAGCACACUAACAAGUGUACAGCACGAUGUGAAGACCAUACAGGCUGCCCUUGAAAAUCAAAAGAAGGAUGAUGACUUGAAGAAGACAAUGGUAAACUCAAGCUGUUGAUCUUUGUAGUAGUUCUGUAUGUAAGCGGGGAGCAUCUGACAAGUGCUGUGAUGACAUGUUCAGGUUGCAUAAGCUUGAUCCUUCAUUCUGUUGUGAAGUACCUUCUCCUCCUUUAUUUCCUUUUUUUUAAUUAGCUUGUUUUUUGUUUCUCAUUCCAUGUAGCCUUACAGAGCAGCUGCAGAAUUCUCAAUAUUUGUAGGAUUAUAUCAGCCCACCCAUUUAAUGUUUACGCAGCGGUGACUAGCCUCCACAGCAGUGACAAUAAAUGUUGCAAGCAAUCAGAGGCAGAAUAGUCAACAACAAUGGCCUCAACAGUCACAGAGAUUUUACUUAUGUCAACAGAGUGUUAUGUGUAGCAGCUGACAAAUGUCACAGAGGAAUCUGAAGCUGUGUUCGUUUGUAAAUAUGUAAUGUAAAUAGUGUGGAGCUGCAGCCUGUAGGUUUUCACAAACAAGGCUGAUGGAUUUUUUACGAGUCGAGGACAAUUUAACUUAGUAUGUUUGAUGGAUUUUCUUUUUUAAUCAACCUGUCCAAGCUCACUGCAAUAACCGCUGCAGACUGCAUCCUUAUUUAAGAGCCCUUAUUUGUCUACUCUCCUUGAAGAAUAGAUGGACCAAAUGUCGACAUAAAUCUCAAUAACAGUGCAUCUUGCUAAAGUGAGCUGGAAAAACAACCUGAUGAGCCAGAGCCUAAAGUACUACCUCUCAAUUCCUUCCUGCAGUGGUGAUUUUGCGGAUUUGUCUCGCUCAGAUUUGAAGCAAAUCUACUUGCAUACGGCCAAGAUGAUUCUGUUGAUGAAAUGUUAGUUGAUCUGCUUAACUGUGGCGUGAAUCCAAACCAGAAGCUGUGGCGAACUUUGCCUCUGCAAGAUUAAUUUGUUUUUUUGUUUGCCUGCUCACGCACAAGUGCUUUUGCAGUUCCUGUCACGCCUACAUCGAAAGAGUUGUGGGUUGAGAAGGUCUUGUCAUUUUCUUGGAUCCAUGCGUUGGGUUGUCAUUCAUAAUACAUGAAACAAGUGCCAAUCUAUUUCAGGAGCUUAGAUGCUUUAGUUUUCUGAGUAAAAGUAGGUCAUAUAUCUGAGACAACAGCAGAAUUUUUCUUUGCUCUAUUUUGUGAGGCAGAGUUUGUUGGGAAAAGAUGAUAAUGACAGAGUUUAACUAUUUAAAAAUAUUACUUUGAGUGAUGAUAGAUUGUUAAUUUCUAUAGUCUACUCAUGUGGGGCCAAAGAUCUGGCCUCAUAAAGCACUUGACCACCACACAUGUAAACCCCUUUUUCUUUAAAAAAACAGAGCUAAAUUCUUCGUAUUUGUCUUCUUUGGUUGAAACUUCUUACUGAAGCACAGUGAAAGAAAGACUUUAUACAUUUUUCGUUUCCUUUCACAGGACAUAUCAGACCUUAAAACUGCAGUAAGUGAAGCAAACAAGACGGAAGAGCUGCACCGGACACAGACCAAUGAGCAGAUCCACAUCCUCCUCACGACAGUUGCAGAUCUUCGCCAGAGAGUGUUGUCAUUAGAGAACGGGUCAAAGCAAAGUGUGAGUACUUUAAACUCAGGUUUAUUCAAGUUGAGCCUUCAGGUCCUUACACACUGGGAACGACAGAAAUAUCCCAAAAUUCGACCGUGAUCCGAAAAAAUUAAUGCCGUAAUAUCGCAGGACGGGAAAACGUUGCUGAUGUGAACGCUUGUAUUGACAGGAUACGAGUUCAGAAAAAAAUAUUGACGUCCGAAAUAAUCGCAUGAUGAAAACAUUCCCGGUGUGAAAGGACCUUUCAACUUCUGGUCUACAGGCAUUGUGGUCUGCCACCAGCAUAGGUUUAACUUUAUUCAUCAUUUGCAGCUGGGUGAAAACUAGCUAACAGUGAUAGUAGCUGUAACUACAACUGUACUAUCCAACAGCAGAUGCAGCCUUUGUGUAAAAGACGAGAAACAUUAUUGCUGGAAGUCAAAGACUAAUUAUUCCUGCUCAUAUUUCAUCUUCUUUCUGUUUUACAGCCAAAGCUUCAUGAAGAAGAAGCUAAUUUGGUAAACAGCAAUGAAGGUCCAGAGGCCCAUGAGGUGAAUGAAACAACAACAACCAAAGCAACUCCUGGGGAAAUACAAGGUACAGUAAGUUCACUGCUUUCAGGUGGAGUUUUUUAUCUCGUGUUACGUCCUAAUAUUAUUUUCUUCUUUAUUUAAGCAGAGAUUUCCAAACCACCACUUGCAGAGCCACAGACGAGCAGACAUCCACGCUUCUUGACUCCACAACGUUCUAGGAGGAAUGCUGAGAUGGCAUGUCCAGAGAGGGUGCUCCUGCCUGGUGUCAGUUCUCAGAAAGGUACACAAGAAUAGCCUCGCUAUUUAAAGAAAAUGCAUGCAUUUACUGUAACAAAACCCCUUUCAGCUCUAUACAAUAAUAUACUGUAUAUAUUGUCAACUUUUAAGUCCCCUCUGGUGACCAGGCAACCUCAAAACAAAUAAGUUACUCCUUCUAACCAAAGUACACCCAUUGAAAUUGUAAUCUAGUUUUAUGGUGAAACAUAAAAGUAUGUUUAAGUGAUUAUAAGCAAAGAACAAGCUGUUUCCUAUGCUCAUCUGUACAGUGCAAUAUUCACAUGAUAUUUCUGGGUGAAAGAGCUGUGGCAGAGAGGACAAUGCCAGAGUACUUUCAGUAGCACUUAUAUUGUCAAAACAAUGAUUUUCAGUUUUGGAAGAGUGUCUUGCCUUCAUGAAUAUGCCCUUUUUUUUGUGUUCCAUCUUUCCCAUUUUUCCCCACAGACUUGGAGAACAUGUUUGCACAGGCAGGCAUUGGACCUAAUUCGCCUGGAUUAACCUACCAUGGACUGCGAAACAUAUUAGGAGCAUCAAUUCCCAGUUCCCGCACCAUGCAGUGUUUUGACAGUGAUGUGGACAAGAAAUACUCCCUAAAGGAGCUGAGAGCUGCUGUAGGUGUGUGAGCACAUAAUCCCGAACAGCAGUGAACAGUAUUUAAUAUCCGGCGGUGUGUGUGGGGGCUUGGAGGUCCCAACCCUAUUCUGUAAUUGCUGCACUUUUGUGAACUGAAUAUUUAUCAUACUGAUUGUGGAACAGUGGCGCUGGCAUGCCCCUUACUCACCUCUUCUCCCCAGUUUAUCUCAGCACAACCUCUUUCACGUAACUACGCUUAAAACUUAGAAUUAACCCAUAAUAGUAUCUGUAUGCAGAAUAGUCAGCUACUAUUUUAGCAUAUUCAUUGUUUAUAGGGAAAAAUCAUGGAAGUUAGAGUUGUGAAUCCUUUUUGACUUUUGUUUCCUCCUUUUGACUCUUGAAUUUUUAUUCAUUUUUUUUAACUUUUCCUAUAUUUUAAAACAUUCUCAAAAAAUUUGUCACAUCCUCGUAACAUUUCUGUUAUCCAUCAACAAAAUCACUCGGUACAGCUCAUCUGAACCUAAUUUAUAGAAACUGGGUUAGAAUUUUAUGAAUGUUUACAAAUGACUACUAGAAACAGAAUUUUUGUGAGUGUUUUGAUUUGUUUUAGACGGAUUCCUUAAAUGUAACUGAAACACAGCUGAGCGAACUUCUGUAUGCUUUUUCUAAACCAAGUUAGAGGUUUCUUCCUGUUUAGUGCUUUUCCCCCUCAUUUAUCUUCAUGUAGUUGCUACAUCCUAAUUUGAAUUGUGUUUGGUUAAUCUGUACGUUUGUCUGCAUUUUAUUCAGUUUAUCUUCUUUUUUUGCAGUUUUACAGUUUUCUGAAGGGCUAUGAACACUUUGAAUCAUUCAGAGAAUUUUGAAGUGGUCACUCAUGAGGCAGAUGUAGCAAUAAAAAAAAGUACAUAGCUCACUUGUUAAAAGUUGUAGUAGACAGAAAAGUGCACCUAGCUCACAAUGUGUAACAGGUAGUAUAAGAAGCACUGACCGGCACUCUUUACUUGAUUUAUUUUAUUACCUUUUUAUGGGCCCAAUUAAGGCGUAUUUUCAUUCAAGAUGUUAUUCUCAAGCAUUGUUUUACUCUGUAAAAAGUUUCAAUGUAUUCUCAACAAAUGAUCUCGUGCAGGGCGUUGAGUUAGUAAAACUUGCUUUAUGGUCUUAAUCUCAACAUUGUACAUUUUUUUAAUGGUUUUAUGUUGUGCUUUGCAUGUUGCUCAUAAUGUAACAUGAACAAAUUAUUUAUAAACUUAACAUAGUCAGCUACUUCUUUUUUGCAGGACAAUGGUUAGUUGAGCUCAAAAUGUAACAGCUUUGGCCAUCAUGAUGUAGAUUUUUGGAUCCAUGCUGCUACUGACCAUGGGAGGUUUUAUGAAUGUGUUUUUGUGAGUGCACCAAUAAAAAGACAGUGAAAAGAUUUUG